AAGAAGUAUUUUUACCACAGUUCAAGAACACAUUCCAGCCAGGCGAAAGUACCUGAGGAGGGUGCAGAGCAGGACCAGUGAUGGGUAUCGCCUGGAGAGAAUCUUCAGGAAAGCCAGAGGUCCAUAGAGGGCCACAUUUGUAUCCCAGGCUGGUUAUUCCCCACCUGAGCUCUAUUACAACACCAGAAUGUGCUCACUACGCUUCCUUGGGCACCAUCCUUGAUCUCUGAAAAUUUCCUACACUAAAUGCCUCAUCAACAGGAUGCCUAUGGAUGCCUAUGCAUUGCCUGACCUCAUUUUAUGAGUCACAUAGCCCUGCUUGAUCCUCUAGUGUGUAUCACCCUUUGCAUACUAUGACUCUGGCACCUAUAUUCAUUUUCCAUACUCUCUACUGGAUGAGUUGGUCUUUUUAUAUAUUCUGCCAAGAGUAUGGAAUACUCCCUUUUCCUAACUCACAGCAGCUAUAAGCAGAUGGAGCGUAGUUUCUGGGAAACACAAGGAACUGCUUGACUCACAGUCUUUGACACAAGCCAGAUGGCUGCAAUUGGUAGGCGCACAGGCUGCCUGGUACUACAGUUGAUGAAACAGAAUAGGAAGACGUUUUAUGAUCAGCUGCGGGAGCACAAUAAGACUCCAGCUUUGCUAGGGUCACGUAGGGAUAAAAAGAACUGUAAGGUGGUCUUCUCCCAGCAAGAACUGCGGAAGCGGCUGACACCUUUGCAAUACCAUGUUACUCAGGAGAAAGGGACUGAGAGUGCCUUUGAAGGAGAAUACACACAUCACAAAGCUCAUGGAAUAUACAAAUGUGUUGUUUGUGGAACUCCUUUGUUCAAAUCAGAAACAAAGUUUGACUCCAAUUCAGGUUGGCCUUCAUUCUAUGAUGUGAUGGCUUCUGACAGAAUUACAUUCACUGAUGACUACUCCUACGGGAUGCACAGGGUUGAGACAAGCUGCAGUCAGUGUGGUGCUCACCUUGGACAUAUUUUUGACGAUGGGCCUCGUCCAUCUGGCAAACGAUACUGCAUAAAUUCAGCUUCAUUGUCUUUUGAGUCUGCAGACAAGAAUCAUGCUGAAGAAGGAAGCAUGAGCGCGACUUCUGCCCAACCAGACAAGACAGAGCUGUAGAAGGAAGAUGGUUUCUCACAAAGCUUAUUUUCCUAGAUGACUCUUAAAGAAUGUUAUUCUAAAUUGCCUUCUACCUUAUAUGUUAAAAAAAAAAACACCACGGAACCUUUUAGGGAUAUUCUGCACUAUCAGUUUUUUUGUGUAUCAAAAUGAGGCCUUGUGUGUGCCAAUGUAUUUUUGUUAUAUAAUCACACUAAAAUAAUUGUCAACUUACAUGCAGUGGGGAACCUCAUAACAAAAGGGUAUUUAGCACUAUGGGUUAUUAAUCUCCACUUAGUGCUUUGUUAAAAUAGGUUUGAAUAAUAUCCCUCCUUCUUUCUGAGGGAGCAGGCUGUAGUUCAUUCAUUGCAGAACUGUACUGUAUAUACAGCAGUCUCCUAAUAUCUCAUUACUUCAGUGAUUUUGCUCUGAUUUACAUGACAUGUGUACUCGACCAUCUUUCCAUUUGACACAUCACCCAACCUCCAUUAUGGAAGUGUGUGUUAGUUAAAGAGCGGUGGGUCAUAUCCAGCCCAUCCUUUUGCUGUGAUAGGGCCAGCUGGAGUGGAUAGCAGGCCUUUGCCCCUGAGUCUGUUCCUCCAAGUUGCGAUGAGUAUUUAAAUGAAUGUGGAUGGAAACCUGUUUGUUUUAACCAGUAGCAACCAGCACUUUUACCGGCCUGGUCUAUCAGCCAGAAGUAGGUGAAAGCAAAUAGUAGGUCACUUGUUUUACUAUGCCCCUAAUGAGGGUCCUGCAAAAACAAAACAUCAACGAGCCAAAGAGGAUUCACAGUGUAGCAUGGACUAGUUGUUUUGUGGGUCGCGCCUUGGAGCAUGCAGUAAUGUUGCUAAUUACUGCUCCGCUUUCAGGUUUUGUCCUGGGAAAGUGAAUACCUCAUUGAAGAGGUACAAACUUCCCUACAAUUCCCCCUUACAAUGUUUGGACAGGCAUUAGAAGGGAUGCAGUUCCCUUUCUUUCAAGCAGUUUCAAUGUGCAAUUAUAAGCACCAAGUGGCUGUGCCUUCUCAUGUGCAAAUUUACAGCAGUGUGCUGCUUGAAGAACAACCUUACUAUUUUCCAGCUUGUAUGUGUGCUCAGUCUUAUUUUCUGAGCGCAUGUAUGUACAGGAAAUGCACAAAGCCGACAACCAAAACAUUAAGAAAUGCAGCAAGAAGUAGACAUGUCCACGAAGACGGAAGAGUUUUAAAUGGAAACUUGUCCCAAGGCCUUUAGUGAGAUCAGAUUAGACGUUUUUAAGCCUUCUAAGGAUAUGACCAUCUACUUUGUGCUGAAACUUCCUUUUUUACACUGCAAGAAAACUCUAUAGGUAGUGUGCGUGCAUAUAUAUAUAUAUGGUUGAAGCAGAGAAUAGCUGCAUUUUCUAAACUCGAUACAAGUACUGUACUGUUUAAGAUAAUUUUGUUGUAGAAUAUUCAAUUUCAAUAUCAAUAGAUACUACCUGACAUAUCUAACACCGAAGCCCUGUACAAUAGGUUGAAAUUGCAACCUUUAUAGCCUUAUAGCUCAAAAGCGAGAGAAAAAACUUGUUUGCUAAUAUAAUUGAAGAAUAGACAGAUGUAGAACUUCAGAAUGCAACCGUAUGCAUAAGAGAACAAUUACUCCUGUUAGCCUCACUGUUCAUGUAUGCAAUUAUGUACUUUCCAGUUUGUGCAGUCCUUCCUUUACAAUGGCAGAGAAUUUUCUAUGCUUCAUGUCAUUCUUUUGCUUAUUUCCCUCUCCCAAAGGGCUGUUCUUAUUCCUUGCCUUUGUUGGAAGAGAAGUGAGUUUUCUCCUAUCACAUUUUCUGCCAUAAAUCUCUAAUAUGCAACAUUUGUAAAAAUGUGGAGCCUACAUGCAUUUUGUUUUUCAGAUCUCUGCUGUAGUUAAGGGUUAUCGAGUUUCAGCAUAUUUCUGUCUUGCAUUAAAGAAAUAUAUUACUAAAACUUCAAUGAGCAAUAAUGCCAGCUGUCCAUCGGUAGAUUUAUAUUUGCAGGAUAUGGAAUGCAAUGAACUGAAUCAAUAUGGCUAGGUGUAUGUGAUCUGUAAGAGUGGAACACUGUUAGCAGAAGAAAGCCAUUGUUCUUUCUCUGUACGGAACACUGGGCAACAUUUUUCACUAUUAAGGCUAGUAGGGGAUAUAAGUAUGACUGGUAUUGCAGAACUCAAAUGCAGGUCAUCUUGUUUAUGUCCUUGGCAGAGGAUCUCAGAAGGUGAGCACAAUAAAUAAGCAGGGAGCCCAUUGCUUGGACUUCAUUCUUUGUAUUGUAUGGGUGCGUGCAACUACUGAAUGCAAAUUAUAUAAGAACAGAGAACUGUAUUUUAUAGUAUCCAAUCUAUAUUAUAUAGAGAUUUGCAGAGCUUAAUAUAUAAAUAUCAAAAGAUACUUGGAAAAAAGAGAAAUAUAAAAGUAUUUUAUUCAUUUUGAAAAAAAUCGAACUUUUCCUCAGAAUUAUGGUUUGCUUUUGAGACAAUAGUGUUGGAUUUUUCAACGAAGGGUAUCUUUUAAUAUAUUUCUUGUACGCUGGGUAUAUAAUAAAGUUAAUUUAUAAAUAAA